AAGUUCUCCUUUUUAAAUAGCUCUCUCUAAUAUAUCUGAAGAUGUCGGAAAAGGAAUAYAAAUACGAACGACUUACACAGACCCARACAGAGGAUGAAUUGGAGGAUGUUGAGAAAAACUGUGCACCAUUGCUUCARGACGSCCUUUUCUCCCCUAAUGACGAAAUUCAGCAAGCCAAAGAAAUCAGUACUUGGAAGAUGGUCUUAAACUUGUUAAACGGCAUGGAAGGCGUUGGAUUCCUUGCCAUUCCAUACGCUGUAAGAGAAGGAGGAAUCACUGCUCUCCUUGGGAUCUGCCUUCUACCUUUCAUACUUGGAUAUACAGCAAAUCUUCUCAGUGAAUGUAUAGAUGAAAGAAAUGAAACUGGACAAAUCGUAAAAAGAAGGUUAACCUAUCAGGAAAUUGCAAAGGACUCGUGGGCUCCACUGGAAAUUGUAGUGUGGACCACCAACAAUAUAAUCUUACUGGUGUUUGCUACUUCGAUUAUUGUUUUUAUCAGUUCUCUGAUGUCACAGCAGUUUCCUCAAGUCCCCUUCUCAACGUCUCACUGGGCAUGUCUUGGAACAUUAGUAGUUUUACCAACAGUAUUCCUCAAAUCAUUUUCCCACAUUGCAUGGCUUAGUUUGUUAAGCCUUAUAGCUUUAGUAGCCGUCACUGUUCUCAUGUUAGGUUUUGAGGCACCAAUGCUAUUUCAUAGCGAUUUGCGUUCAAUUUUCUUUUGGGAUACCCGCGGGGCUUUUGUGGCCAUAUCUAUUUUGAUAUCAAGUUAUUCG